CAGAAACAGACAACGCUUUUCAAAAACAAUCAGCUGACAUGUCCAAUAUGUGAACAUACGGUAUUAUCCAGCACAUUAAAGUCACCCGAUCUCACUGUGCGGAAAUUCAUACGACAUCUUCGUAAACAUGAAGGAGAGCUGGACAAUUCUCAAAAAGUUCCCUGUACAUCAUGCUUCACUUUUCAUAAGAAGUCAAAAAUGGAUGAGCAUUUCAAACAAGAACACAGUGGUGAGUCACUAAAGAGUACCACUACUGGAGAAGAUACGUGUUCACGAAUUCCUGAAAACUCUAUCUUCACUGGUUCUACAAGGAUGGGGCUUGGGAAAUAUAGGGAAAACUGCCGUCAGAAGUUUCUUAGUAUAUCCGAUCGAAGCGCUCUUUUUCGUUACAAGUAUCGCCAGACGUCGAAUUUACCUUUUGCAUGGUUAUGUCCUUUAUGCGAAGAGUCGGAUGCUGUUUCGAGGUGUUCAUCUUUUCACAACGACAUUUCGUUGCGUCUUUUUGUCCUUCGACAUUUUGCUGUUGAGCAUCAUAACCUUGAAGACAUCGAGUCAACAAUACAGCAGGAAUGGGCAAUAUUGUCAUACGAGAUCGGAUUCGAUUUGGAAUAUCAUGUGAUCGAAACAGCGAAGCUACUACGACAAACGCAAAGAAGCAACCUUUUCUACACUCUAAGAGGUAUAAAACCUGCUCACCGUGAUGCCCUUGUUCAUGAAAUGUUUGGAAGAAGUAUGAACAAGGAAGAAAUAUGGUCGUCCGAUUACUGCAUCUGCAUCAUAUGUUUCAAACCUGUUCUCAAGAAGUCGUUGGGCAGGCAUCUGUCGACUGCUGGACAUGAAUGGCUGAGCCCUCAUGCGGAGAACGGAGAGUUUCGUGAGGAGGAAGAUGAUUGUGACUCCAUCACAUUUUUGAAAUGGCGAUGUGUGCUUGAUAGUUCGAUCGACGGUCACGUUGAUGAUUUCCUGGAAUUCCCAACUAAGGAGCUGUUGAAGAUACAUGCUCUAAAGCAUUUUGAAACACACCACCAGGACUUCUACUCUUCCGAAUAUUUCCAGUAUGAAAAUUACACUGCGAUGAGUAUUUACAUAGGAAUUCACUUUUCAGCAAUCCGAACCACUUCAACGUCCCAUUCCGAACCAAACUUUUGCCCAGAUCUUGUAGCGAUAUACAGAUAUGUGGCUUCUGUUUUUGGUGCGGCUAUUCCCCGCAAUUCGCUGUUCACAUUGUUAGCCACGGAUAUAUUGACAUCGGGUAAGUUUCACUAUCGUCUUCUCCCAAACAACAUCUUGGGUCCAGUUGGUCGUGAGGCACUCCGUCGCUUGAAAGGGGGUGACGACUCAGCUAAGGCUGCAUCGCCAGCUGCCCACAAUGAAGAAAGAUCCGGCAGUCCGCAUGCUUCUUCGGCUAACUUGGAGACCGACGUUCAUCCGGUGGAAAUUUUCGUGCCGCGUUCCGAAUGCUCAUCAGCGGAUAUCACACGGACGGAUGAACACUCCAUGACUGGUAGAUAA